AUGUUGCAAAUUAAUAACAAAAACAUAGACAAAACCAACCUUCAGUGCCUUGGAAUUUUGAAAAAUAUUUAUCAAGACAAAAACACAUUGGAAUCUCAAAUAGAAAUAAUAUUAAAAACCCAUCCAGUUAUAUCCAAAGAACAUAUAAAUGCAUGGCUAUUGAAAACUAUAUCUUUAAUAGAUUUGACCACACUUUCUGGAGAAGACACAAGGUCUAAUGUGGUCAGGUUAUGUCUAAAGGCUGCACAUCCCUUAUCAAAUGCUAUUUUAAAAAAACUGAAACUCAGUGAUGACAAUAAAAUCACGACAGCAGCAGUUUGUGUAUAUCCAACGAGAGUAGCAGAUGCCUAUGACAUAAUUAAGAAGAUGGGAUUGACGGAUACAAUAAAAAUUGCUUCUGUUGCUACUGGAUUUCCGUCUGGACUAUACCCACUAGAGUCCAGACUCCAGGAAAUUAAAUUUGCUGUUGAAAAUGGUGCCACGGAGAUUGAUGUGGUACUCGACCGUAGCUUAGUACUGAUGGGAAAAUGGGAGACACUCUUUAAUGAAGUGGUGCAAAUGCGAAAAGCAUGUGGCAAAGCGCACUUGAAAGUGAUUUUAGGAAUUGGCGAACUUGGAUCAUAUGAAAACGUGUACAAAGCUUCCAUGGUCUCCAUGAUAGCGGGAGCUGAUUUCAUAAAAACUUCAACUGGAAAAGAAGCAGUCAACGCAACUUUACCGGUUGGUUUAGUGAUGUGCAGAGCUAUUCGUAACUUCUACCUAAUGACAGGAGUGAAGGUUGGCUUGAAGCCAGCUGGGGGAAUUAAAACGGCCAAAGAUGCCGUCAACUGGCUCGUUUUGGUGCACAAAUCUGUGGCUUUAUCGCCCGCGCCUGCUACUCCUACGCCAUCUGCUAGCUGGCAGCCACUGCACAUAAACACCCCCACACGGAAAUCAACUUUAUGCAAUCAAUCUGCGAGAAGGAGUUCAAGGGUGCAACCUGCACCUUCUACCCCUCCGCCAACCAGCAGGCGACGGUUGCCAUUAAUCCCGAGAUCUGGGGUAACGGUUUCCCCUGCACGAAGAACAUUAAGGGCGCGCCGGAGGCGUACACUCACGCCAUUCGAUAGAGCGACGAGCGAGUUCGUUGCCAUCGAAAAUCUACGUCUUCGGCAGGAGGAGAAACGAGACAGGCAGCUGUAUGAUCUGGAGGCUCGAAGGAUAGAGGUUGACGAUGAGCGUAACCAAGUGUUACCCAUGUUUGCUGACAUAACACAAGCAUGGUUUGACCACUAUCGAAGUAAAGAUAAUACGGAGCAAUCAGAUCAUACUCCAUAG